AUGGCUGAAGUGAAUGAACUGUAUUGGCUUGACCUAAACACCACCUUCAACGUCGAAGGUGGUAUAACCCCGAAUACGCUGCACAGAACUAGUAUUCCAAACACAGGUCCUUAUGAAUCCGGAGGUGGAUUCUUCGCUGGCGAGAAUACCAUCUACAUAUAUUCUGGCCUUGGGAAUUCAAAAAGAUAUGAUUGGAUGUGGUCGUAUAACGCAAAGGAUGGAACUUGGAGUCGCGCACAAGUUGAUGGGGGAAAAUUGAACUUAGAUGAACGGUUUGGUGGGCUUUCAGCUGUCGCACCAGAAUCCAAUCUUUCCUUCUUUACAGGAGGUUGGGAUAUGCCCAUUAUCGGAACUUUGGUUUUCAACUCGACGGAUGGCGCCAAUCUUCAGUGGACAAACGUGACCAAAGUAGAGGGUGAUGGCGCUGUCGGAGAACCUCGGAUAGCCAAUGGUGGAAUGGAUUAUAUACGCCUCGGAAAGAAUGGAAUCUUGGUUGCAUUCGGUGGCUAUGAUACUUCCAAAAACGGAACUGGUCAGACCGAAACAACCCAAGAUCUAAGGCCGAUGGACAAGAUCGGCGUGUAUGAUAUCGACUCCAGCACAUGGUACGAAGUCGAAGCAACUGGCGAUAUUCCAACACCAAGAACAGCAGCAUUCUGCACAGCUGUCUCUUCUGCAUCUGAUGACUCUUCCUUUCAGGUGCAUAUGUACGGCGGUCGCAGUCGUCUGAAAACGAACGCAACUUCGUAUGAUGACCUGUACAUUUUGACACUACCAUCCUUCCGCUGGAUACAAGUUCCCACCAUUGGUGUGAAACCAUGGACGGCGGCUGGAGUCGGCCGCGACAGCCACAAAUGCAUUUCCUGGAAGGACGGGGAGAUGGUAGUUCUCGGAGGAACUACUCGACGAAACGACACCGUGCAAAAGGGAUGUAGUAGGGAUCAUCCACCUAUUCGAGUCCUCAACACUAGCAAGUUUCGGUGGGAAAAGCAAUUUGAGCGGGAAACUAAAUAUUCGGUUCCUGGCCUAGUGUCUGAUGUAGUGGGCGGAGAUUCAACUGGAAAGGCUACUCUAAAAGAACCGGAAGGCAGUUGGGGCAAUAAAAAAUUACACAGCAUCUUCUCUCAGACUGUAGCAAGAUGCCCUGACGUAAGUGAAGUGCCAUUACCCUCACAACCAACGUCCACACAAAACCCAUCCGCACAACCAACAGGAACUCCUCCACCAAAGUCUUCUAACACAGGCACAAUUACAGGUGGAGUUGUAGGUGGCGUUGCAGGACUCGCCAUCAUCGGAGCUAUUGUUUUCUUCACGAAACGAAGGAAACCGAGUCACCGCAGAAUUAGCAACCCAUUCAAUGCCACUCACGCCGUUCCCACUGCUCCCGCUGUUCACUAUCCUGAACCUCAGCGCGAACUGCCUCCAACCGAUACAAAGAAUAUCUCAUUCACGCACCUCCAACAAGAACCCGGAGAGCUUCCAGGAAACGCCGUUGCACCUCCCUGCUCUGAACUGGCAUCGCCUAUAGAUCAAUAUUGUGGCCAGGCGGUAUUUGAACUUGAAUCAACUGUUCAGCCUCCUUCGCUGCCUCUCAAAGAUUAA